CACACCCCUAAAACUUGGACGUGGUGGUCUGCGUUUCUGAUUGGUCGGGAAGCACGACUGACAACACCUGCUUAACUCCUUCAUCCAAAUUGACACCCGGACUCUGGGAAAUAUAUCCAGCAUCCAUCCCGUCUCCACUCUCACACGCUCUCUGUGUCAUCUCGAUCAGUGACCACCUCAGAUCCCGGGCUGACAGCCUGCUAUCAUUUAUCGCGCAAACUGAGUGUAGAAAUGUUGAUCAAAUGCGCACUAGCCUUGCUGCUUCUCUCCGUCUUGGGGGAAGUGGUGGGAACGGAUAACGUUGACGCUCACGAGGGUCACCCCGAGAAACCGGCCAGUCAGAAGGGACGUCUCUCCUUACAGAACACAGCUGAGAUCCAGCACUGUCUCGUGAGCGCAGGAGACGUGGGCUGCGGCGUCUUCGAGUGUUUCGAGAACAACUCCUGCGAAAUCCGGGGCCUUCAGGAGAUCUGCAUGACCUUCCUGCACAAUGCCGGCAAGUUCGACUCGCAGGGCAAGUCCUUUAUCAAGGAUGCACUGAAGUGCAUGGCUCACGGCUUACGGCACAAGUUCAGCUGCAUCAGCCGAAAAUGCCUGGCCAUAAAGGAGAUGGUCUUCCAGCUUCAGCGGGAAUGCUAUAUGAAACACAACCUCUGCUCAGCUGCUAAAGACAACGUCAAUGUCAUGGUGGAGAUGAUACAUUUCCAAGACUUAUUUCCUAAAGGGCCGUACGUUGAGCUGGUGAACAUCCUGCUCAGCUGUGGAGAGGAGGUGAAGGAGGCCAUUACGCGGAGCGUGCGUCUGCAGUGCGAGCAGAACUGGGGCGCUCUGUGCGACAGCCUGAGCUUCUGCGCGUCCAUCACGGCCGCUCCGGCGUCAGGCGGCCUCGAGCGACGUCCGCCGCUUUCCUCGCAUUCGGACGGCGAGCACCACAAGGGCGCUCGGCAAGGAGACAAGGACAAGCCCGGCAAGGUCGGGUUCGGUUCCCACACGAGAAGUCGGAGCCAAGGGCCGCGCCGCGCCAGUUUAGACGCCGGCCCUGCCGAGCAGGAAGACUCGAAGAUCGGCGACAUUCGGAGGUGAAACGGCAGGAUCACCUGAAGUGACCAUGACACCCCAAUCCCCAACUUAACAGACUCAGCAGACCUCCUAAUUCAACCCAUCCACCCUCACGUCUCCACAGUCAUUCCAGCACUCCCAAA